CGCGCUGACGGCGCACUCGCAGCUCGCGCUCUGACGCGUCACGACAGAAAACACUGUGAGGAACACCCGAGAUCAGUCUGAGCAGGACGCGUAUCAACCCAACCUUACUAUUUCAUCAGUUUUCCUUUCUAUACAACAGCAGUGAACUGUGUUUUGGUGAAGAGGAGGAAGACUCUGGACAAUCCCUCGGGAUGGAGGCGCUGCGCGUGCUGUGGAUUCUGGGCUGCGCGUGGAUCUCUUCGGCUCAGGGCUCGAGACUCAAGACACCCGCCUUACCCAUCCAGCCCGAGCGGGAACCGAUGAUCUCGAAGGGCUUAUCCGGUUGCUCCUUCGGUGGCCGCUUUUAUUCCCUGGAAGACACGUGGCAUCCAGACCUGGGCGAGCCGUUCGGCGUGAUGCACUGCGUCAUGUGCCACUGCGAGCCGCAGCGGAGCCGGCGAGGGAAGGUGUUCGGGAAGGUGAGCUGCCGGAAUAUGAAACAGGACUGUCCCGAACCGACCUGUGACGAUCCGGUCCUGCUUCCAGGACACUGCUGCAAAACGUGCCCCAAAGGCGACUCCGGGAGGAAGGAGGCGGAGUCUCUGUUCGAGUUCUUCCAGGAGAAAGACGACGACCUGCACAAGUCGUACAACGACAGAUCCUACAUCAGCUCCGAGGACAGCAGUAACCGUGACAGCGCGAGCGAUUUCGUGGCGCUGCUGACGGGCGUGACAGACUCUUGGCUGCCGAGCUCCAGCGGCGUCGCUCGGGCGCGAUUCACGCUCACCCGCACCAGCCUGACCUUCUCCAUCACCUUCCAGAGGAUGAACAGGCCGAGCGCCGUCACCUUCCUGGACUCCGACGGGAACACUGCGUUUGAGUUCAGGGUCCCGCAGGCCGACACAGACAUGAUCUGCGGAGUCUGGAAGAACCUGCCGAAGUCCCACAUGCGGCAGCUGGAGGCGGAGCAGCUGCGCGUUUCCAUGACGACCGCCGACAACAAGAAGGAGGAGAUACAGGGCAAAAUCAUCAAACACAGAGCGCUGUUCGCAGAAACGUUCAGUGCCAUCCUGACGUCCGAAGAGGUGCAUUCUGGGAUGGGCGGAAUCGCCAUGUUGACGCUCAGUGACACAGAAAACAAUCUGCAUUUUAUCCUGAUUCUGCAGGGACUCGUUUCUCACGGGAGCUCGUCUGCACAGGUGCCGGUGAGAGUGAAACUGCUGUACCGACAGCAUCUGCUGAGAGAAAUACGAGCGAACAUCUCUACAGACGACUCUGACUUCGCUGAAGUCCUGGCGGAUCUGAACAGUCGGGAACUCUUCUGGUUGUCCCGCGGGCAGCUGCAGAUCGUCGUGGAAACGGAGGGUCAAAACCCCCGCCAGAUCUCCGGAUACAUCUCUGGAAAGAGAUCAUGUGACACUCUUCAGAGCGUGAUGUCCGGCGGCUCUGCUCUGACUCCUGGGAAGACCGGCGGCGUGGGCUCGGCCGUCUUCACGCUGCACCACAACGGCUCGCUCGACUACCAGGUUCUGGUGGCGGGUCUGACCAGCGCGGCGGUGGGCGUGACCAUCGAGAUGAAGCCGCGCCGGCGCAGUAAACGCAGCGUUCUGUACGACAUCACGGCCGACUUCGCGGCGGAGGAGCGGGGCGGCGGACGGGCGGUGGGCAGCGUCAGCCGUGUGGAGGCCAGACACAUUCACAUGCUGCUGCAGAACGAGCUGUUCGUCAACAUCGCCACGGCCGAGCAGCAGGAGAGCGAGCUGCGCGGACAGAUACGCACGCUGCCGUACAACGGGCUGGACGCGCGCCGGAACGAGCUCCCGGUUCCUCUCGCGGGUCAGUUCGUGUCUCCUCCGGUCCGCACGGGCGCGGCCGGUCACGCCUGGGUCUCGGUGGACGAACAGUGUCAUCUGCAUUACGAGAUCGUCGUCAACGGCCUCAGCAAGAGCGAAGACGCCUCCGUCAGCGCUCACCUGCACGGAUUGGCCGAGAUCGGCGAGAUGGACGACUCCUCCACCAAUCACAAGAGACUUCUGACUGGCUUCUACGGUCAACAGGCUCAGGGAGUGUUGAAAGAUAUCAGUGUUGAGUUAUUGAGGCAUUUGGACGAAGGCACAGCUUAUAUUCAGGUCAGCACCAAAAUGAAUCCAAGAGGAGAAAUCCGAGGACGGAUUCACGUUCCCAACAGCUGUGAGUUCGGCUCUCGCGGUGAGGUGGUGGAGGAGGCCGAGUUCGACGACCUCGUGUUCGUCCGCGACCCGGCCGAGCUGAGAAAAGACCCGCACACGUGCUUCUUCGAGGGAGAGCAUCACGCACACGGGUCGCAGUGGACGCCGCAGUACAACACCUGCUUCACCUGCACCUGCCAGAAGAAGACGGUGAUCUGCGAUCCGGUGAUCUGUCCUGCGCUCUCGUGUCCUCACACCAUCCAGCCUGAAGACCAGUGCUGUCCGGUCUGUGACGCAGAAAAGAAGGAGAACAAAGAGACGACUGCUGUAGAAAAAGUUGAGGAAGAUCCAGAAGGCUGUUAUUUCGAAGGCGAUCAAAAGAUGCACGCACCUGGCACGACAUGGCAUCCGUUCGUCCCGCCUUUCAGGUACAUCAAGUGUGCCGUGUGCACCUGCAAGGGCUCCACAGGAGAAGUGCACUGCGAAAAGGUGACGUGCCCGCCUCUUACCUGCAGCCGACCAAUCAGACGCAAUCCUUCAGACUGCUGUAAGGAGUGUCCUGCAGAAGACACGCCCCCUCUGGAGGACGACGAAAUGAUGCAGGCUGACGGAACGCGGCAUUGCAAGUUCGGCAAAAACUACUACCAGAAUAGCGAACACUGGCACCCGAGUGUCCCGCUGGUGGGCGAGAUGAAGUGCAUCACCUGCUGGUGUGAUCACGGCGUCACGAAGUGCCAGAGGAAACAGUGUCCGCUGCUGAGCUGCAGUAACCCCAUUCGCAGAGAGGGAAAAUGCUGUCCUGAAUGCAUAGAGGACUUUAUGGAAAAAGAAGAAAUGGCAAAGAUGGUGGAGAAAAAGAAAACCUGGAGACACUGAUACCUUCUUUCCUCAACGCUCACCAUCCUCCUGUUUUGAGAUCAGGCGUCUCAAACUCGCACAACGGGACGCCUGCGGACUGCAAAAAUAAAUCUGCGCACGAAACGGAGAAGAGGUCCAGACUGUAACAAGGAAGUUUGGGAGAAAGUGGCUCUGAAAAAAAGGAGAAUGAAUCUCAGCUGCUGCAGUUGUUUGAGUUUCCCACUGACAUCAUUUCCUCACGGGAAAGUUUGUUUUAACUUUGUUUGCAUAUUUGACUUGGUGCAAAACAUCAGACACUCGUACUAAGAUUUUACACAUCAUCAUACCUGUAAAUGCAUACAAUGUAUGCAUGUGAGCACGACGUACCACACUUCAUACGGUAAAAUAACGCUUCACUACAAAAUGCACAUGCCAUCAUUACAAUCAUUCAUAAUUCAAAUAUGACACUCAAAUCCCAGCCAAUCAGCAGGACUGUUGUAAUGCAUCUGAUUGGAGAUUCACCCUGUGGGUGGGGCUUGGCUGUGGGGUGGGGUUUAGAAUGCUCAUCAACAUAAACCCCGCCCAUUUCUGUUCUGUUGCACCUGAUGUUGUAAGUCUGUUUUUGCUGGUAUAUAAUAUUUUAUGGCUAUUUUCUUUCAGUAUUUUGAUGGAUAUUAUGAAUAUUGUUUGUAUUGCAUAUUUAUUAAUGAUGAAUAAACAAAGUUUUAAAAUUUA